AGUAGUGACUUGAUGUGUAUGUGUGUGUGUGCGUGUGAAACUAGGUCGACUCUAUAUAAUUUUUUAUACAUGUGAAUAUAUAAGAUUGCUCAUUACAAUAUCUGCAUUGAUUUUAUUUUAAGCAAUCAUCUGAUUAUCAAUAACCAGGGCUGACAUCAGGUUAUAUUUACUACUGAAUUGGCCCUACCAACGACAAUCUAAGUGUAUGUUCUUCCAAGUUGAAAAUAUCAUUAAAUAGUAGAUUUAAAAAGAUAUAUACCAAGACUAUUAUAAAGCAAUUAUUAUGUUAAGGCCCUAUACAAAGCUUCUGUAUAUUCAGUUUUAUUGUACAAAGUACUUGAUGUAUAUACUUUUCACACUUCAAUCGUGUAAUCGUGUAAAAGUCUAAGGUAUACAAAGUAUUAUUAUUUUUGUUUGUAUCAUAAAAGAUAUGUAUAUAUAUAUACAAGUAUAUAUAUCGCAAAACCUGCUCGAUUAUCUCCUCAUAUUGCAUUUGUAUAAUAUAUGCGUUGUGCGCCUAAAAUGUGUAAUUGCUGUAGUUGUUCCGGCUGAAAACAUUCUUAAGAAUACAAACUCUUUGGUAUGUUAGAGUAAAAGGGAAACAGCGAUUUCAUCACGGUAUGACGUAAGAAUCAAUGUCAAGAGCGUACAAAUAGGUGAAGGUAAACAGGCGAGUAACUUUUCUCUCUUCUCGAGAUGUGCCUGACGCGAUCGCUUCCACAGUAUCGAUCUCGUUCGAAGUUGGCCCGGAGAUAAAAGUGUGGAUUAACGUGUGAUAUGCGCGCAUUGAGUACUCAGUGAAUUAUACGAAUUAAAAAAUUGAACGAAUAAAAUAGACCAAUCUUUUCAGCGUACAUUGUGAAUUAUUAUUUGUUUACAUGUAAAAGUGACUCCAAAAUAUUUAUUCACACAUUAUUGCUAAUUCAUAUUGUCGAGAGAUAUUUAUGCUGUCAAAAAAUAUAGUAAUUCCUGGCUGUGUGAAAGAAAAUGUCGCGUAUCUCGUGUCCCGAGGUCCUGGCGGAAGCGGCGGGCGUGAAGAUCGUGACAUCCUCACCCGAGGAAGACGCCGAUGCGCUUGCAUCGGGAAAGAUAAUACUCAGAAUGCGAAGAAUAAAUGAAGCAUCCGAUCAUUCUCUCGGUUUUCACUUGACGAAAUCGAGAUGGGAUCCAUUUCCGUGGAUCACCUAUGUCGAAAACGGCAGUCUCGCUCAUUCGACUGGGUUGAGAACUGGGGAUUGCCUCUUGAGCGUGGACGGUAUCGACUUGGUAGGUUUAAGAGUAGCAGACGUCGCUACGUUGAUUCGCAGGGAAGACGACAAUGACUGUAUCAUUAUUACCGUCUGGAGAUGUCCGCCUCAGGAAGAAGCACAAGACGAUGUCGGACUAGCCUUAAAAGGCCCACUUCCGGAUGUAGCAAAGAAUCUCGUGUCUGCAUUGUCAGGAAUGGUCCGCGUCCUGGAGUGCCCGAUCUGUUUGCAAACUGCUGCGCCGUCCGUCUCGCAAUGCGUUCAUGGUCACAUCCUGUGCGUGACCUGCAGACCGAAGAUGACGCGUUGUCCCAUCUGCAGAGUCCAGCUCGCCCAGGGACGGUGUCUUCUCGCGGACAAUUUGCACCGGGUGCUCCGCGAAACCUACUUCGACGCGAACAAUAGUCAGAUGACAGAGAAAAGCGUCGCAUCUGUUCGCCGCAACUUAUGCGAUCAAUUGUUCAGUUGUAAAAACAAGAAGCAAGAGGAAACGUUGGUUGUGAUGAAUAGUCGCAGCAUAUCGAAGCCUAAGCAGUUCUUACUAACCAGGUUGCUGCUGGGAAGCAAGGAGAAGGCCGCUUCCGCGGAUAAUCUGACGAGAUUGUCGGAGAUUGGGAAAGAAGCCGCAGCCGAUUCCCACAGAACAGGACAACUUGUCGACAACUUGCUGCGACUGUCUAUUGUCGAUCGUGCUAAAUCAGCAAGUACCGGCGAGUUGUCACGGGACAAUCUCAGAGAUCAACGCAUCGAUUCGACAAUGUCGUCGUUACAAAUCGCCGGAUCGAGCCGAGAAUCAUACGUCAGACCCACAGCUAGCCAGCAGUCGUUGAGUUCGCUGCAAAUGCCGAUCUUCGGCGGCUCCACGGACUCCGUGUCCUACACACCGCUGCUCUGCCCUCGUUUACAGUUGUGUAACGAGACAGUGAACCAACACUCACUACUAGAGCAUAUCAAGAACCACCAGAUACCGCAGGUUCAUUUCUACUCCAGAACUGCGACGAUUCCGUUACCGAUUCCUUUCGGCCGCGACGUCUUCUAUAUCCUUCAUCACGAUGGCUAUAUGUUCUUCUUCCAGUGCACAGAAGGAGCUGCAUGGAUGACUACUACGAUGCCAUGCACGAACAACGAAAUUGAAUGGACACUGCAUGGACGGAACGAUAGAGAAUCUGAAGUAUAUUUUCGACGAUAUGCCGCGUAUUUGGAAAUUCCUAUGACACUGUCUCCCCAUCACAUCGUUCCGUUGCCGAAAUCAUUAUCACUGAAAACUUUGAAUAUAUGUAUAAUGAAUCAACGUGCUCAUAAUAAUUUCUACGUGUGAGAAGAGAAUGAACGGAGAGAGUGACUAUGCCGUCCUGGUUAAACUUAUCUUUAUAAGUAAGGUGCGCACUCCAUAAGGAUUUAAUGUGAAAAAAUGUAUCAUGAAACAUCAUUUAUUUUUUGUUAAGAAAUAUAAUACUAUAGAUUAACAAGUGACGUAAUCAAUAAGGGCUCUAUAGUAUCACAUUGACUGGUACUUAUAAAAUCUAAUGUAUAAUGUUGCGAUCGGUUUUACUCAAACCUAUUGUUCUAUCAAGAGAGAAGUUAUUGAAUAAUAUGACAAAACUGACACAAAAUUUAGCAUUGAUAAACGAUUUAAUAUCAAUACAAUUUUUUAUUUUAUCUUCUCUUGUGCAGGAGUAUCAAUUCACACACUAUUAAUAAAAGAAACAUGCAAACUAUAAUAAAAUAGAGAACUACGAUAUUUCUAAAAUACGAGUUUUUAUGUUAACGCAAAAACGGUUAAAACUUAUAAAUUGAGUCAUUAACUUAAACAAGUAGUAAAAAUCUGAAAAAAAAAACUUUCUAGUCAAGCCAUCAGUUAAAAUCAUCUUUGUGAAUAAAAUAUGUAUUGAAGUACUCAAUAAGAAUCUAUUGUGAGAAAAUGUAA